AUGGCGGACAUGUCGGGCAACAUGCUGAAGCGGCCUCAUCCUGAUGAUGAAGACAACAAUGCGCAAAAACGGCCUCGUUCAAAUAAUGGGUCUCCCCAUCCUGGGCAAGGCGCUCCGGCCGCUGGUAAUAUCGACAUUGAAAAGAUUGUGGCCGAGGCUAGAGCAAAAGCUCAAGCCGUUCGAGAUAGGCUUAUGGCUGAAAAAAGAGUUUCUGCGUCUCCCUCACCAGCGCCAGCAGCUUCAAGCCCCAGUCCUGCUCCUCCAGCUGCUAGCUCCACCAUGUCAAGAAUAGAACAGAUGAAAGCUAGAGUGGCUGCAGCUACAGGACGAUCACAGGCAGCCGCGCAACAACCCAGCGCUCCGACUCCCCCACCACUUCCGCGAGCUCCUGAGGACGAUGAGGACGACAGCCUCUCGCGCGCUCGUGGUGGUCUUGAUGUUGGUCUGCAUCCUGCCCUCCUCUCGGAUACCCUCGACUUUCGGGGCAGUAAGGGACGACAGGUGCAAUCGAGAAACCGGAGGACCGAGUCUCCCGGAGUCAGUGGAAAACAGGAGCGAGCUGGCCUUGAUCUCUCAGGACCAUCACUGGAAGAGAUCAAAAACAAUCCCUAUUACGAUCCCAAUCUAGGGCCGAAAGCUACGAUUUCCAAACCCCGCCAGUCGCGUCAACUCCUGUUCAACCAGAAAGGUAAAUACAUACAGCAGGCUGCAGCUCUUCGUCGACAGGCUCAGCUGGAGGAAAUGAAGAAGCGCAUCGCGGAGCGAGCACGGCAGGCCGGUAUUGAUGAAGAUCUAGAUGUGGAAAAGGCGUUUAUGGUACCUGCUCCACCAGCAAUUGAAUGGUGGGACGAACAUCUAGUGAACGAACCUGAUUACGCUGCAAUUGAUGACGAAAAUAAUCUCAAAAUUGACUCUGCCGAUUCCAUAAUAACCCGAUACAUUCAACAUCCAGUGCUCCUCGAGCCUCCACAAGAGAAGCUCAAGCCGGAACAGAAGCCGAUGUAUCUCACGCCGAAAGAACAAGCCAAGAUACGCCGGCAAAGACGCAUGGCCGACUUGAAAGAGCAGCAAGCGAAGAUCCGCCUAGGUCUUGAGCCCGCUCCUCCGCCAAAGGUCAAGAAAUCGAAUUUGAUGCGCGUAUUAGGUGAGCAGGCCGUCAAGGAUCCUACAGCCGUUGAGGCGCGGGUGAAUCGGGAAAUUGCAGAGCGGCGUGAAAAACACGAGGCCACCAACGAAGAACGCAAGCUCACGAAAGAACAACGCCAUGAGAAGCUCGCCCGGCAACAGGCGCAAGACGCCGAAAAGGGUCUUAUCAUGACAGUAUAUCGAAUCGACAGUCUUGCCAACGGACGACACCGAUUCAAAAUCAGCAAAAAUGCGGAACAGAAUGCGCUCACUGGCGUGUGCGUUAUGCAUCCCAAAUUCAAUCUAGUUAUUGUGGAGGGUGGCGCCCAUUCAUCCAACAACUACAGGAAACUGAUGAUGAACCGAAUCGACUGGACCGAGAAUGCGGGGCCGAGUGCCGUACGGGAAGGAAACCGCGAAGCCCAGGCUUCAUGGCUCGCCGCUGAAGAUGAGAAGGGUGAACUGAAGGAUCUCAGUUCAAACACAUGCACUCUCCUCUGGGAGGGUCAGGUCAAGGCUCGUGCUUUCCGUAAAUGGUUAGGUGCUCGGGUGUGCGAGACCGACUCUCAGGCGAAGGAUGUACUUGCGCGAGCAAAGUUGGAGAGUUUCUGGACUUUGGCGAAGAGCGCAAAGCAGCAGGGCGAAUUUUGA